AUGACAAUCCAACAGGUGGGCAGCAGGGGGCGGGUGGCAGCUGAGCAGGUGGCAGCUGAGAAUUUGCCAGUGGAGCUGUUUGAACAGAGAAGGGGCAGCCACUGUGAAGACAAGAAGCAGAUGCUGUUGGCAUUGCUGGUCUUAGUGCUGUACUUGGGCACAGGGAUAUCAGGAAGAAGUUGGGAGGUGUCAGAAAGGAUCAGAGACUGUAACUACCCCCAGAGUCCUGUGGCUUCCCAGGGGCUUCAAUAUCAGACCAGUGAACCUGCAGAAGAUCCGAUAAGGAUCAUCAGGAAAUGGCUGAAGGAGAACUUACAUGUUUUCUUGGAGAAGUUAGAGGAAGAGGUGCGAGAGCUGGAGCAGCUAGUGCAGGACCUGGAAUGGUGGCUAGAUGCUCUUCUGGGAGAGCCACUCCUGGAGGGACCCUGCUGUACCCAAAGACAUCACUUGUGA